AUGGCCAGGAAAUAUGGAAGAGGCAAGAAUCGGAGUCGUAUCAAUCGGUUGCCCUUCCGAGACCCUUCUGGCGAUGGGAACGUACAGAGUGUUUUCAAAUACGUCGUAAAGUUUCACCACCUGACAACCCGUCAGAUGAGAAAAAGCCCUGCACGCUCUCUACCUACCAAAAGAUCUUCUCUCAAAGAGACGACAAGCUAUAAACUCGUCAUUCUAAUAUCUGACGGUGGAGAAACCACAUGCUCGAAGAACAAACCGAGUGUCGAUGAAGUCGCCCUUGCAGAGGAAUUGCGAAGAAUGGGCAUCACAUUCUAUUACCCAACUAUCGGACCAAAUCCUAACAGGAACCGAAUUCAGAGCAUAACCGGAGAUCCCUCGCUGAUUUUCCUUCUCAGCGAAAUGAAUCAACUAUUGCAAGAGCUCAAAAAAGCUCUCGAGUUAUUAGCCAAGACCUCUAAAGCAACAACAAGGACCGCUACUACUGCUACUACUUCAACAAGCAUCACUACGAGAACAACCCGCAAGACCAUCCAACUUCCCUCCAUUCCCCGCUCGGGUGCAGAUACUUCAAUCGUAUUUAUUAUCGACUUCACGGAAUCAGUUGAGAGCUAUUUUGACGCGGUAGGUUGCUUU